UUUUAGCGCUCCGGAUGACUUGGGUUUUGCGGGAAGGAAAGCCUACUGACGUUCCAGCUUUGCUCGCUUUGUUCAAGGAACUUGCAAUCGCUCAGAAGUUUGACGUCGGUGUUGUAAAACAGCAAGAAGAAGAUCUGUUGAGAGACGGAUUUGGUGACACAAAGUAUUACUUAUUUGACGUUAUUGAACAGAAAAGUGAUGGAGAUUCUGCAAAUGCAAGACCGAAACUGAUUGGAUAUUGUUUGUACUUCUUGAGUUACUCCAGCACAGGAGGCAGAAUGAUGUAUAUUGAAGAUCUUUAUGUAAAUUCUGAAUAUCGAAGAACAGGUAUUGGAAAAGCAAUGAUGAAGAAAGUUGCUAAGUUAGCAAACGAGUUGGGUUGCUGUAAGAUAGGAUGGAGCUGCUUGGAUGACAACACGGAAGCUCUAGCAUUUUAUGGUAGUAUUGGUGGUAAAGCUAUGGAGCAGUUGACUCGGAUAAGAAUUGACAGAGAGGGUAUUAGAAACAUUGUGUCAAACUUUGUCCAACUUUCUUCUGAAGUGAACAUUCGCAUUGGUACUCAAGAAGAUGUACAAGCUGUUUGUUGUCUUAUUAAGAAGUUGACUAUUGAGGGAGGUCGUGAUGCAAGUUCUAUCAAAGUAUCUGAAAACGAGCUUAUUCAGGAUGGGUUCUUGGAACCUAAGUUUUUCUACUUGAUCAUAGCAGAGAGGACGUCUGAAAAUUUACUGGAGAAAGAGGUUGUUGGGUUUAGUUUAUAUACAUUCAGCUAUUCUACAUGGGAAGGUCCACUGAUCUACUUUGAGGAUCUUUAUGUGAAAAAGACACACCGAAGGAAAAAAAUCGCAACAGGCAUAAUGAAGAAACUAGCUGAGUUUGCUCAAGAACACAACUGCUGUAGGAUAGCAUGGAACUGUCCCAAAGAUGCCGUAGCUGCUCUCAAGUUUUUUGAACAAUUUGGGGUCGUACGACUACCUUUCUGGAAGAAAAUGUACUUAGACAGACCAGCGAUUGCAAACCUUCUUUCAUAACAAGGUUGGAAAUCAUGCUCGGUGCUUUUCUAUUGAUGUUAUGAUAGUAAACAUUGUGAAAGUCUGUUGUACGAUGGUUGGAAGUUUGCUUGACCACUUAAGGCAUGUAGGUACAGUACACAGACAGCAAACAUUGUGUCUAUGUAACAUUAUUGUAAGCAACCUUGCAGUCAGCACUCAUUGCAGUCAGCACUCAUUGCAGUUAAAAUUAUCGAAGUCUUUA